GGGGAGGGGUCUCCGGCCGGCGCCGGGCACCCCUUCCGCCUUCCCCCCAAAACCUGGCUUCUGCCGCGGGCUCUGACUCUCGGACUCCCGUCCCGCGUCCUGGGACUUUGCUGAGCCCUCUGCCGCGGGGCGGGCUCGGUCCCCGCCCACCCCCAGAUACUCCGCACGGCCAGAAGUGCGCUCGCUUUUGCACACGCAGUUUGCGCGCGAACUUCCUCGGCAUUCGCCCCUCCCGGGGACUUCGGAGACACCGCCCCACGGUUUGGCCACCUGGGGGCUUGUCCAGGCUGCUGGCCCCGCAGCUGACUGGGGGGGAGGUGUCAAAUCCCGCCCCCUUCCCUUGGGCGGGUGUGGCCGCGGGAUCGCACACACACGUAGGAAGGCCGGGGACCUCAGCCUCUCGGAAGUUUGGAAGUGGCGUCUCUGUGCCCGGGCAGCUGCCGGGUGGCCGAGUGUCCCCGGCCCGGAGCGGCCCCCGCCUCCGGGCUUUGCUCAGUGUCUGGUUAGGAAGUGGAGGGGCGGGUCGCGCGCGCCAGCUAGCUCUCGCUCUGGCCUCGGAGCCAGCUGCAGGCGGGUCGCUGGCCGCAAGGGCUUCAAUAGGGGCUGACAUCUGCAGAGGCCGCCCUUGGUUGAGCCAGCGCCAGGGGGAUUGGUGGCCAGAGGGCAUGAGACCUAAGCGAGGCUUGAGAGAACCCACCGAGGCUGGGACUGGGUUGCCUGCCUACGCAGCCCCUGCCCAGUGCCUGCUGCUGAGACCAUGUCCGCCAACGAGACAGAGGCCAAUGCUGCCGCCCAGGUGACAGCGGAAGAACCGGUGCAGCAGCCCAGCGUGGCGGGCCGCGUGGCCAGCAUGCCCCUGGUCAGCUCCACCUGCGGCAUGGUGUCGGCCGCCUACGCCUCCACCAAGGAGAGCCACCCGCACGUCAGGACCGUCUGCGACGCGGCGGAGAAGGGCGUGCGGACGCUGGCGGCCGCCGCGGCGAGCGGGGCCCAGCCCCUGCUGUCCAGGCUCGAGCCCCAAAUCGCCUCGGCCAGCGGAUACGCCCACCGCGGCCUGGACAAGCUGGAGGAGAGCCUGCCCAUCCUGCAGCGGCCCUCGGAGCAGGUCCUGGCGGACGCCAAGGAGCUCGUGUCGUCCGGGGUGUCGGGGGCCCGAGAGAUGGUGUCCAGCACGGUGUCCAGUGCCAGGGACACGGUGGCCGCCCGGGUGACGGAGGCGGUGGACAUGACCCGCGGCGCCGUGCAGAGCGGCGUGGACAAGACCAAGUCCGCGGUGGCCAGCGGGGUCCACUCCGUGGCGGGCUCCGGCGUGGGCCAGAUGGUGCUGGGCGGGGUGGACACGGUGCUGGGCAGGUCGGAGCAGUGGGCGGACAACCACCUGCCCAUGACGGACGCCGAGCUGGCCCUCCUCGCCACGUCCCCCGAGGGCUCCGGCAUGGCGUCCGUGCAGCAGCAGCGGCAGGAGCAGAGCUACUUCGUGCGCCUGGGCUCCCUGUCGGAGCGGCUGCGCCAGCGCGCCUACGAGCACUCGCUGGGCAAGCUGCGCCGCGCCGGCCAGACGGCGCAGGACGCCCUGCUGCAGCUGUCGCAGGCCCUCAGCCUGGUGGAGGCGGCCAAGCAGGGGGUGGACCAGAGGCUGGCGGAAGGGCAGGAGAAGCUGCACCAGAUGUGGCUCAGCUGGAGCCAGAAGCAGGCCCAGGGCACGGAGAAGGACCCAGCUAAGCCAGAGCAGGUGGAGUCCCGGGCGCUGGCCAUGCUGCGCGACAUUGCCCGGCAGCUGCAGGCCACCUGCGUCUCCCUGGGGGCCAGCGUGCAGGGCCUGCCCGCCGGCGUGAGGGACCAGGCGCGGCUGGCCCGCCGCCAGGUGGAGGACCUCCAGGCCACCUUUGCGGGCGUCCGCUCCUUCCAGGACCUGUCCAGCGGCGUCCUGGCCCAGAGCCAGGAGCGGGUGGCCCAGGCCCGAGAGGCCCUGGACCACGUGGUGGAGUGCGUGGCGCAGAGCCCGCCCGUCAUGUGGCUGGUGGGGCCUUUUGCCCCCGGGAUCACCGAGAAGGGCCCGGAAGGGAAGAAGUAGAGGGGAGAGGCCGGGGCUUGGGGGGCCCCAUCCCGCUCUUGUAGCUGCCGACUUGGGAAACUGAGGCUCUCAAAACAGGGAUGUCGCAUUCGCCGUAAGGGCAGACCAAUACGUGUUUCUGCUUUCGGGCUACCGCUUUUUAAUAGGGGGCGACCCCUCCAACUGCCGGGGACGUCGUGGCCGCUGUCCUAGGUGACAGCGUUGGAACAGGGCAAAAACACACAGCGGGGACGUCACCCACCCGCCCCGUCGCUUGCCCCUCUGAGCUUGAAGGAAGCUUGUGGGAAGCCUCGCCCCAUCAGUCAGUAGCGAGAGGUUUUUUGGAUAAAUGUUUUUUCUGGAUGGUUCCAAAAAAAAAGAAAAAUGUUUUCCUUCCUAAAAAUCACAGACGGAGUUGAUAUAGUCCACUUCCUUUUCUAUGCCAAGGUCCCCGGCUAUUAGCCUUUAUAGCUAAUGGACUUGAACUUCUGGUCUGAGACGUGGGGCAUUCGUUCUAGAGCAGAAAUGUGCUGAGGCCUGUCUGGUGUUCAUUAUUGCCUUAAUAAAUUUUACCUGCAGCUACA